AUGAGUCUUGUUCCCAUCAUCUGCACCUACGAGGUGCCAUCGACUGUACCGGACCCUCUCGGACCUCAGGUGCAAGAUCAUAAGUACACAAAGGAUUCUGUCACCAAGCCGCCGGUUGAGUCCGUGCAGUAUCCUUUUCUGGGCUGGGAUAUAGGCAAGAUCGCCCAGUUCCUACAGGAGAACGCGCCGCGGGCUGUACUAGAUCAUACGACGUUUCUUGUCGCCGAUGAACAAACGGCCUCGGAUGGCGAUACACUGCUCCUUGUUUACAACAUCAAAGAUUCGCAGGAGAGUGUACGACUCACCGCUGGCUGUGCCAACAGCGGGGCGGUGUCGGUCUCAAUUGCGACCACGGAUGUGGGCGAGUUGCGGAGCCUGGCGGAUGAUGAUGGGGUGUACAGAGGAGGUCCGCAACGCCCGCCGCCACAAAAGGGUGGGAAGGCGCCCAAAAAGCAGCUGUAA